UUUCAUAUCAGAGCAAAUUUUUGGAUAGUAUUUAGCGUUCCGCAAUUGAAUGGUGAAGUAGGGGCUGGUUUGUUGACCGCUGGCUCAAAUAACGGUCUUACUGGGGAGAUUCCAAGCCCGUCCCUAUUUGAUGGAAGGGUCUUUACCCCACUUUCAAUUGAGGUUGAAAGUAAUGGAGAGACAGCUGGUUCAGGGCUAGAUUACAUUACCAGAUAUCCCUCCCCGUCUGAUUCCGCUCCUCCUGAAGACCCUGCCGAGAGACUGGCUCGAAUACGAAGCGUAUGUGAUGAAAAAAAACGGGUUUUAAAGCUUGUUACUGAAGAUAUCAGUAACUUACAAAGUUAUAUAGAGAUUUACGAGAAACAAACAUCGCAACGUUUUCCAUGCUUCUCACUUUAUCUGAAUGAGCAUGUUGGUAGAAUAUCAGAGGACAGAGAUGAAAAACUGGGAGGAGAAAUUAAAGCUGCUGAAAGUGAACUCAACCGUCUCCGAAAAGAAUGCCCAAAAAUUGUACCUCCAGCAGUGCCGCCGAUGAGACCACUGAAUAAUGGUUGGAAGUGUUCACAAUGCACAACAUAUAACGAUGUGGCAGACUAUCGUUGCAGAGCGUGUUUGCUUCCUUCUAUAAGGUUUGACCCAUCUGAAGCAGCCGAUUGCAGAUGCGAACACUGUCGAGCGAAUUAG